GAUGUUUCUACUUUCUAGCAAGGUAGACGAACCUUUAUUGCCAAAACAGGGAAGUGGAGAAAAACACUUUAUUUUCCCAAAUUGUAAACCCUAGACUCAAGAUCAGUCUGAGAGCGUGAAUCAAUCCUCCUUCCUCCUUGCACACACCUAGCUCCGAAAUUUCAAUGGAUUGAGCUGCUCUAUCGACAAAAAUUCAUGGGGUUUUCGCGGCUGAGACGCAAGAUUGUUCUUGAGGAUGCGGAAGAUAGGAUCAGCAGUCUCCCAGACUCCAUUAUCUGCCACAUCUUCUCUUUUCUUCCCACAAAAGAUGCAGUCAGGAGCAGCGUCUUAUCCACCCGCUGGAAAUACCUCUUCGUCUCCAGUCCUAAUCUCGACUUCGACGAUUUGUCUUUCCUCGGUGUAGCGUCUCGUCCUAGAUUCGUGAAUUUCAUUUACAGAUUGUUGGCUCUGCGUGGUUCAUCGCAUGUGAAUCGAUUUCGUCUUAGAUGCUAUGUGAACCACGAUGAUCCUCAUGUUAAUACGUGGAUAUCUGCUGCUGUACGCCGUAAUGUUCAAGAACUUGAGAUUGAACUACAUAUAAUGUGUCAUACAAGAGGCUCAAACUUGCGUUUGCUGCCUUACGACCUCCUCAUUUGUAAAACCCUAGUAGUCCUAAAACUUGAUGUGGCUUGUGACCUCAAUGUUCCUAGUGACGUUUCCUUUCCACGUCUGAAGACCCUUCAUCUUCAAUCUCUGUAUGUUGAGUAUGACUCUUUUAAGAAGAUCGUAUUCGGCUGCCCUGUGCUCGAAGAUUUGCUUACAUGUGACUGUAGGUUUAAGCAGAGUGUACAAGUUUUUGAUAUUUCAGUUCCUACACUUAAAAGGCUUACAUUGGGGUUGCAAUAUUUGCCCUUUGCUCAAUUUCAUGACACUCAUGUAGUGGUUGAUGCUCCAUAUCUUCAAUGCCUACGUUACGAAGAUAAUAUCGUCAAAAAAGGCCAUACUUUGAAGGGCCUAACCUCUCUAGUUGAAGCUCAUAUAUCUAUUAAUCUGAGUAUGGAGCAAAACCGGGAAAGUAUAUUCUAUGGUCCUUCUGUUGCCAAACUUUUUGAAGCAAUUUCUAAGGUGCAAUCUCUUCAUUUCGCUGGAUAUUCUACAUGGGUUAUUCAAGUCACCCAACCCUGUCUGCCUACAUUUUCUAACCUGACCCAUUUGGAGGUUGUUUCUGAUGAUGUUAUUAGCUUGGAACUGCUGGCGGAACUACUUCGCCGUUCACCUAAUCUUGAAGUUCUAGUCGUUGGACAAGUGUAUAAAGAUGGCGAGGGCUCUAUGAAUUUCCCAAUUCGUAUUGGUAAUCUGUCAUCACAUCUUAAGGAAGUUGAACUGCAGGAAUUCACUGGGGAUGAAGAUGAACUGGAGCUAGUAGAGUAUUUAUUAGACAGCGCAGAGAUUUUGGAGAAGAUGAAGAUUGUGAUUCUUUCCUCUAGGGAUAGGUUGCCUAUCGCCCAAAAAUUAUUAAAAUUACCAAGGCGGUCAAGGACUUGUCGCCUCUUUGUCACCUGAAAAGUUUAAAAAAAGAUGAGACUGAAGGUCCAAAACAUCUGUCUUGAAGCUGAGUAAAAGAAGGUGCAUAAUUAGUGCAAUGAAGUAAAUGAGAGGAAGCUGCUACAGUUUCUGGGAGGAUGCAUAUUUUUAUUUUCUUUGAUUCCCCUGGAUUAGGGGAUUUGUCUUUGUUGCAACCAUAGAGCUUUCAUAUGCAACUUUGAUGUGUUUUUGCACAUUUAAUUGGUCCUUUCCUUGAAACAACUUGUGUAUGAUUAUUUUGAAAGAUUAGUGGUUUUGUCUUUGUCAUAGCCAUAGAGCUUUCAUAUGCAACUUUGAUGUGUUCUUGCACAUUCAAUUGGUCUUCUCUUGAAACAAUUUGUGUAUGAUUUGUUUUUCAAGAUUAUGAGUGACAGGACUCUCUCUCUC